AUGAAUCAUAUUAACGCCUUCUCUCUUAUAAAAGAUAAACAGAGCUCUAAAAGUUGUAAAAGAAGGAAAAAAUCUUCAAAACAUUUAUCAAGAAAAAAACAUGAUAAAAAUCAAUCAAUAUUAUCAUUUUAUAAGGAAAAAGAAACAGUUAUUAUAAUCAGUUCGGAUGAAGGUGAUCUUAAAAAUAAGGAAAAUAGUAGCAAUUCAUUCUCUAAUUCUUUAUUAAACCAACCAGUCUUAUCAAAUAAUUGUUUAAAAUUUAAAAAUCAAAAUUUAUUUAAAAUAUAUGAAUAUGAUGCAGAAAACAUAAUUAACUUAAUAGAAGAAAAAGAAUAUGAUGAGGAAAUUGAAUUAAUGAAUAAUUCUGAAAAAGAAUAUUGUCAAAAUAUAUCAAAUAUUUUACAUAAAUCAGAAUUUUAUAAAAGUUAUCCAAAAGAUUAUGAAAAUACUUUAGAUUUUUACGAUAAAUAUAAAGAAAAUACUUUAAAAAAUGAAUUUAAUUCAGUUUCAGAUAACAAAAAUAUUAAAGAUUAUUCUAUAAACAUAUCAUAUUCUCAUUGGGGAAAUAAAACAAUGGAUAAAAAUACAAAAAAAAAUAUAAAACGUGAUUUUGAAUUAGAUACAUUGGAAAGUUCAGAAAAUGAACCAGAGACUUCUUUUAUAAUACCAAAAAUGAAGCAACGGAAAAUUAUUUUUUCUGAUAAUAGUGAAGAUUCUCAAUUGGAGAUAGAAGAAGAAUUAAAUAAUUUAAAUAAAAAAGAUAUAUUAGAACAAAGAACUAGGGGAUCUAAACGAAAUGUAGGAAAAAAAGUAUUCCAACAACAACUUGAAAAGCUUAAACAAAAAAAAAAUAAAAAUAUAAAGAAAAAUUCUGAAGAUGAUUCAGACAAUUUAGAAAUAAUACAUUAUCCUGGGAUUUCUUCUAAAUAUAAUUCAAGUCCUAUGUUCUCUGAUAGCGAAACAAGCCUAAAUACUGAAGAAUCUAUUUCUUUGGAUGAUUUUAUAAUAAGUGAUAAUGAACCUAUUGGAACACCAUAUUCUCAAAUCCCUGUUGAAUUCACAGUCUUUAGUUAUCAAGGGAUCUCAUCUCAUUUUAGAAUUUUUCUUUAUCACAAAAUACAUAAACUCUUAAAUCCAGAUUUUAUUGAUGAAUCAAAGCAUUUUAUAUUUUCUCAAAAAUAUUUAGAAAGAAGAUUCAAUUCUUUAAGGGAUUCUGUUCUUUCAUCAUCAGCAUGGAAACAACCGUUUAUUAAUUCAAUUUCUUCUUUACCAAUAAUAAAAUCAGGAACAUGUGAAUCGCGUUUUAGAUGUGAUGCAUGCCAUAUAUCUGGAAGAACUUCAUCCUUCUGGAUUCGGUUUUGUAAUUUAAAAUAUGAUCCAAAAACAUUAGAAAUAUAUAAAAUUAAAGAAUUAGAAGAGUCAUUAGAAUACAGAACAGACGAUUCUGAUAAAAUAUGGUAUCUUGGAAGAUUCUGUUUUUCGCGAGCAAAAAUUGCACAUAGUUUUUGGCAUUGGCACUUUAAUUUAAAUGAGGAUUUAAAAAGAAUACUAAAGAAAAGUGGAAAACUUGAUUUUUUCAAAAAAACUCUUCUUACUAUGAACAUUUCUGAACGCACUAAGAAAAUUGAUGAAGUAAUAAGGGAAUUAGAUAAUUCAGGGAAAACAAACGAAAUAUGGGAAAAUUUCAACAAUAUUUUAAAAAAAGGAGAAAACUUCAUAACAAAACCUAAUAAAUUUAAAAAAGAUCAUUAA